CUUUGCUAUCGCCAGAGCACGAUCGCAGGAGCAAUAUAGGAUGAGCUGUCAUGUUACCUGCUUAAAGGCGCAGCGGGCUGUGUGAACAGCUUUCUCGACUCACAAGACAGGUAAAAGUAACUGUUUAUGAGAGGGUAUUCUUGAAGAAAUAAAUGGGAGCAAGGGUCAAAGUAGGCUAACGUGGCAGGAGAUUAGACAUAUGCGGGGUCUUGACUUUAGUGAAAGUAAAGCGGGCAAUCGGAGUUCGGAUUAGAUCGACUCCUGGGAUCAGGUAGCGUGCAUGUUAGGCUAUUAAAGAAUAUGAGAAGCCAACAACAUCUGAGUAUUUGAUCCUAAUGUGGGAUGUGUAGACCGGACAGCUGCGCCAGAGGAACAUUAUCGCUUGGUUUAAAAGAAGUGCAAAAAUGAUCCAAUCUGAAAUCACCUUCAAGCAACCGAAAGUUUUCUGGGUUUCGAAAGCGACAUAGUGUUAUGUGUCACCUGGUUGUUGAGUCAUCCGGUGGUACUAACGGGUGUCGUCUGGAUCCUAAUCAUCAUGUCAAAAGUAAUCCAGAAGAAAAACCACUGGAUCACCAAAGUUAAAGAGUGUGCAGUGAGUCGGGAUGCUCGCGGUGAAUUGAAUGUGGAGCUGCGCGGUGGCGCAGAGAACGGAGAGUUUCCCUACAUCGGGGAAGUCAGAGAGGAUGUGUUGGUUUAUAAAAACGGACAUCUGUCCGAGGGGGAGUUACUGGUGGAAGUUGAGGGUCUCUCGGUGUCUGGAUUACCCCUCUAUGACAUCUGGACUCUAAUGAAGAGUUGCAAGGGUCCCAUCAGGUUGAAAACUGUCCGACAAGGUAACAAGCUGAACAAGGACUUGAAGCAUUACCUGAGCCUGAGGUUUCAGAAGUCCUCUCCUGACCAUGAGCUCCAACAGACCAUCAGAGCUAACCUCUACCGCCAUGCUGUGCCUUGUACGACACGCCCCCUUCGAGACGGCGAGGUCCCUGGGGUUGAUUACAACUUUCUGUCCGUAGAGGACUUCCUAAACCUUGAGAAGAGCGGAACACUACUGGAAAUAGGAACAUAUGAAGGUAACUAUUAUGGGACCCCCAAGCCACCGAGGCAGCCCGUGGUUGGGACAGUGAUUCUCAGUGAUGCUGUGCUCCUCGACGGCCCCCCAGGCUCCCAGCAGUCCACUCCCAAGCGCACCAAGUCCUACAAUGACAUGCAAAACGCCAGUGUAGUGCCGGCUGACUACGAGGAUGACGACCAGGUUACGGAAAUGAACAACAGUUUUACAGGAUCCUUAGUGCGUAGUCUCUUCCCCUCUCCCUUGUUGUGCACAGGUAACCCUAGCGACCAGGACGAGUGCCGCGGCGGCAUUCUACGGCCCUAUCCCGCGCGCGAGAAUGCUCCGUCCUAUGGUCUGAACAACGUGGCCGCCUCCAGCUUGGACAACGGGCAGCAGACGCACGCCCAGCCCCAGGCCUCUCCUGAAGACCCCCUGGGACCCCUGCCAGACAACUGGGAGAUGGCCUACACAGAGAACGGAGAAGUCUACUUUAUAGACCACAACACAAAGACCACAUCGUGGAUCGACCCUCGCUGUCUUGAGAAACCUCUGAAACCUCUGGAGGAGUGUGAGGAUGAUGAAGAAGGGGUACACACUGAGGAACCAGACAAUGAGCUAGAGCUGCCUGCAGGAUGGGAGAAGAUAGAUGACCCAGUGUAUGGGGUGUACUACGUAGAUCACAUCAACAGGAAGACCCAGUAUGAGAACCCCAUAGUGGAGGCUAGGCGCAGGAUGCAGCUGGAGCCUCCUGAAGGUGAGCGGUACAUUCGAGAGUGGAUAGAGGAGCACUCCUCAGCUGGUGCUCCCCUGGCCAACUAUGCCAAUAACCACCUAGAGACGUACCGCGACCCGCACGUCCCGCCCCCGCUGCCCCCUGCCCCUGGAGGGACCAAACGAGGGAAGCCGUUCUUCACACGGAACCCAGCGGAGCUGAAGGGAACCUUCAUUAACACCAAACUGAAGAAGAGCCGCCGCGGGUUCGGCUUCACCGUAGUUGGGGGCGACGAGCCGGAUGAGUUCCUGCAGAUCAAGAGUCUAGUCCUGGACGGUCCUGCUGCUUUGGAUGGGAAGAUGGAAACAGGUGACGUGAUAGUGAGCGUGAACGACACCAUCGUUCUGGGUUACACCCACGCCCAGGUGGUGAAGAUCUUCCAGUCCAUCCCGAUCGGCUCCAUGGUGGACCUGGCCCUGUGCCGUGGCUACCCCCUGCCCUUUGACCCUGACGACCCCAACACCAGCCUGGUGACCUCCGUGGCCAUCCUGGACAAGGAGCCCAUCAUCGUCAAUGGCCAGGAGAGCUACGACUCUCCGUCCAGCCACGGCAGCCAGACCGGAGGGCCCGUUAACGGGAUGAGGGAGCCACGGGCCCACAGUCCCUCAGCGGAUGUGGCGUCCAACGGCUCUCACGGCUACUCCUCCAGCGACGUGGUCACCCUGGCGUCAUCCAUCGCCGGGCAGCCAGAGCUGAUCACGGUGCACAUGGAGAAAGGCGAUAAGGGCUUUGGGUUCACCAUCGCUGACAGCCUGACGGGUGGGGGUCAGAGGGUGAAGCAGAUCGUGGACUACCCCCGCUGCAGGGGCCUGAAGGAGUCAGACAUUCUGAUGGAGGUGAACAAGAGGAACGUCCAGAACAUGAGCCACAACCAGGUGGUGGACCUGCUCAGCAAGUGUCCCAGAGGGAGCGAGGUCACCAUGCUGGUGCAAAGAGGAGUGGUGCCGGCCAAGAGGAGCCCCAAGCUGGUGCAGCAGCUGGAGAGGAAGGACAGUCAGAGCAGCUCCCAGCACAGUGUGUGCAGCCAUCGCAGCACCCACACAGACUCUCCCAGCCACCCCCCCUCCAACAUGUCCAGUGAGGCCAUGGCCCCCCCUCCGGCCGCACCCACUCAGCCGCUGCCUGGCCUGCCUCCCCUGCCCACCCAGGACCCUGGAGAUGGCACCAUGACCCUCCAGAAGAAGCCAGACCCCUUCAAGAUCUGGGCCCAGUCCAGGAGCAUGUAUGAGAGCAGACAGCCAGAUUGCCAGGAGCAGGAGAUCUUCCUGUGGCGGAAGGAUACAGGUUUUGGGUUCCGCAUUCUGGGAGGAAAUGAGCCCGGGGAGCCAAUCUACAUUGGCCACAUAGUGAAGUAUGGUGCAGCAGAUGAGGACGGGCGCCUGCGUUCGGGGGACGAGCUCAUCUCUGUUGAUGGCACGGCGGUGGUGGGGAAGUCUCACCAGCUGGUGGUGCAGCUGAUGCAGCAGGCCGCCAAGCAGGGCCACGUCAACCUCACCGUCCGACGCAAGAGCUCUGGAUACGGAGUUUCAAAAGGGGAGGGUGACGUGCCCCCGUCCCCUGCCUCGUCCCACCACAGCAGCACCCAGGCACCCUCCCUGACGGAGGGCAAGCGGACCCCCCAGGGCAGCCAGAACUCCCUCAACACGGUCAGCUCCGGCAGUGGCUCCACCAGUGGCAUCGGUAGUGGGGGAGGAGGUGGCUCCGGCAGUGCUGUGGUCACCGCAGCCCUGCAGCCCUAUGACGUGGAGAUCCAACGUGGAGAGAAUGAGGGCUUCGGAUUCGUCAUUGUGUCGUCUGUCUCUAGGCCUGAUGCUGGGACUACUUUGGCUGGAAAUGCAUGUGUGGCCAUGCCCCACAAAAUAGGGCGCAUCAUCGAGGGGAGCCCUGCGGACCGCUGUGGGAAGCUGAAGGUGGGCGACCGCAUCUUGUCCGUCAACGGCUGCUCCAUUACCAACAAGUCCCACUCGGACAUCGUCAACCUGAUCAAGGAGGCCGGGAACACAGUCUCUCUGAGGAUCAUUCCUGGUGACGAGUCCUCCAACGCAUCUCUGUUGACCAACGCUGAGAAGAUUGCCACCAUCACCACCACGCACACACCCCAAACUGCCACGGAGCCUCGGAACAACUCAAAGUCGAAACAGGCUCCUCCUCCACCUCCUCCAACACAAGCUCAGCCCUCACAGGAUGCCGAGUUCUACUCUGUGGAUCUGGAGCGGGACAGUAAAGGUUUUGGGUUCAGCCUGAGGGGAGGACGGGAAUAUAACAUGGACCUAUAUGUGUUGAGACUGGCUGAGGAUGGGGCAGCUGUCAGGAAUGGCAAGAUGAGGGUGGGAGAUGAAAUCCUGGAGAUCAACGGCGAGAGUACAAAGAACAUGAAGCACGCACGCGCCAUCGAGCUGAUCAAGAAUGGUGGCCGGAGGGCACGCCUGGUCCUCAAGAGGGGCGAUGGAUCUGUACCUGAAUAUGACUCCAGCCAUGACAGGCACUCUCCCACACCCGGGGCACAAAACUCUCCGGAAGUGAGAACCCUGCCACCAAACAGCCGUUAUCACACCUCAUCGGAGUCCAGUUAUCCACCAGACCUUCACAAACCAUCACGCCACAAGGAUGCUGCGCAGGGCCGAGACAGGGACAGGAUGGAGCACCAGGGCCGGCACUUUAACCCCCACCACCAUCACACCUGGAACAACAACCACAGCCACACCACCCCCAGCCAACACUACCCUGAAAUCAGCGGCGGCAACAAUAAGAAGAGCCGGGGCCGCAAAGUCAAGAAGUCAGAGUCAGAGAGCGGCAUCUCAAAACUCUUAAAGACUCUGCGUAAGGACAGCUCUGGGAAGAAGGCUGCUGCUGCAGCAGCGGAGAAAGAACGAGAGUGGGAGCUCUCCGCCAGUACCAGUACUCUAGACCGGAGUUACGGUCGACCACGCCGCGUCUCCCUCGACCGCUCGCCCACCCGUAAACAGAACGCCUCCCCUGACCGACGGCGGGCCAAGUCCAUGGACCGCAGGGCGGAGCGAACACACCGAGACCGCACACCCGAGAGGGAGUACAAUGACAGAGGGUUCCUCAGUCAUGCGGCUACUCCUGAACGACCACUCUAUGACCGCAGGCUCCUGAGGGAACCGCAGACCCCGGGCCGAGCCUACAUGGAGGCCACCACCCCAGAGCGCCCGAACAAAGGGGCUUCCUCCCUGUCUCUCUCCAGGGGGCGCACUCCCGACAGAGGCAGCCUGAAGAACGGCAACCUCCUGAGGGACUCGUCGGCUGAGACAAGGGAGGAGAGGUACGGGAUGAACGGAACACCAGAGAGACGCUACAGGUCAGAGAGAGACUCGUCUCCAGACAGCAGCUAUAGCAGGGAGGAGCUGAACUACUACAGCACACUGAAGAACAAUGCCUCCACUCACAACCACGCCGGCUACAACAACGCAGGACACCGCAACAACGCAGCAGCAGGACACAGCAAUGCAGUAGGACCAAACAACGCAGUAGGACACAACAACACAGUAGGACACAACAACGCAGUAGGUCGCGCCCCGAACCAGUUCCCCGAGCCUAAGAGAAGGCUUUACAAAGAGAGCCCCAAGGACCUCAGCAUCUGAGUGGACAGAGCCUGGCCCCUGGCCCCUGGCCUCUCACCCCUCAACCUGUCGAGACCACAGUACGUACACUGGAUUUAGACUUCUGAGGAGAUUAACUCAUGUGAUUUAUCCAAUCGCCUGGUUGAUUGAUUCAUUGAUUUGACUACUUGUGAUCCCAGACAGAGAUUCAUACCACAACAGUACAAUCUUUGUUUUAGUUCAUACUGUAUGUUUUGUUUCUGUUCUCAUUAUUUUGAGCAUAACUGAGGUUGUUAAUACUGUAGUGAAGGUAUGUGUAUGUGCCUAUCAAAUCACAAAUGGUGAUUUAGCAUAUUUUUUGGCAUUUCUGUUUGAAACCUCAGAGGGAACACAUACAGUCGCUAGUGAAAGUCUACACACCCCUUGCACAUUCUUCACAUUUUGCUGCCUUAAAAUGUAAUCAAAACAUUUAUUAAAUGUGAUUAUUUUUCUACCAAUCUACAAAAUCUACAAAAAAAAGAAGAAAAAAAAAAGAUGUAUUAAUUGCAUAACUCUUAGUGCAACAUAUAUCCAUUGUUUUUGUCAAAAUUUCUCAAGCUCAGUAAAUGUGGUUGGGAAUCAUUGAUGGCCAGCAAUAUUUCAGCCUUGUCUCUGAUUUUCAUGACUGAGACUGAACCACUCACACUUUACACCUCUUGGAUAGCCCUCCUGGUGGAUCUUUGGCAUUAAAAUGUGUGUUGUUGUCCUGCUGAAAAAUAUAACUCUGUCCCAGGGUUAGGUUUUCAGAAGACUACGGCAGGUUUCCCUCUAACUUUUUACCUGGGCUUUGCUCCUUUCAUGUUUGUUUUUUUAUCCUGACAAACUUCCCAAUCCCUGCCGGUGACAAGCCUACCCAUAACAUGAUGCUGCCACCACAAUACUUGAAAAUACAGAGGGUCUCCCUCUGUGUUGUAUUAGAUUUUACUCAAACCUGUAGUUUUUAUUUAGUCCAAAAAGUUUAUUUAUUUGCUGUUUUAUCUUGCAGUAUUAUUUAACAGCCUUGUUGCAAACAUAGUUCAUGAUUUGGAGUGGAUGUUUUAACACAGGCUUCCUUCUUUUCACUUCAUCAUACAGGCCACUAAUGUGGAGUGAAUGCAAUGUUGUUGAUCCUCUAUAUUUUCAAGUAUUGUGGUGGCAGCAUCAUGUAAUGGGUAUGCUUGUCACCGACAGGAAAUGGGGUGUCAGGAAAAAUAUAUAUAUAUGAAAGGAGCAAAGCCCAAGUAAAAAGUUAGACUGCGUAGACCAUAGUCUUCUGAAAACCUAGAGUUAAUUAAUCCCAGACACACCCGAAUGGCUUUCCAAUAGGUGUUGAGUGUUCCAGGCUUAGUCCUGACUUAAAUCUGCUUGAAAAUCAGAGGCAAAGUUUGAAUAUUGCUUUCCAGCAAUGAUUCCCAACCAAAUUUACUGAGCUUGAACAAUUUUGACAAAAACAAUGGGGAUAUGUUGCCCUAAGAGUUGGUAGAAUCUUAUUCAAAAUGAUUCACUGUUUUUUAUGUUCUAUAAUAUUUAUUUCACUUAAAAAAUGUGGAGUAGGUUGUGUAGAUCUAUAGGAAAGAAUCUAAUGUAAUCCCUUUUUAGAUACAAAUGUUAAGUUAGCAAAAUGUGAAGAGUGCCAGGGGUGUGUAGAUUUUCACUAGCGACUGUAUGUGUUCCCUCUGAGGUUUCAAACAUGCUCCUUACUGUGGUAACUGGUACUUCAUGAUGGGCUUGUUUUUAAUAUGUUUUUGAUGUCAUUUUCCACCUCAGAAUUGCUUUAUAAAGCAAACUAUAGCACAAGACGUUGGUAGGACAGACAUUUUAUGGACGACUGCAGUGUACAUACCUAAGUGAAUAUCAUACAGAGCAAAGGCAAACUCAAAUUUUAUAACCAAUGGUAAUUUUUGAAUGAAGUAAUAUAUUUGAAAUCAUCCUUUUUGCAUUUGUCUUGCUAUUUAUUUUCUCGGUAAAAGCUUAAAGUACCAAAUUAUAUGCCCCAUAACCUGAAAAUAAGAAUAAUUGUUACCCCUGCUGAAUUUGCUGUAGAAUUGCAGUUCUUUAUUCUAAGUUGGUAAGGCAGAAGAUCCAAUAGAAAACCUGAUAAAUAUUGAUCAACGGCCCACUGAUUCCAUACAGGUGAUAUGGGAGUAGUUCCUCUCUUCCUCUCCCUGCCCAAGGAAAUGAGGUGAUGAUGUAAUUAUGUAAGGGAAGUUGUUGUGAUGGUAACAGAUGGAAAGUUCCGGUACAGAAGUGGGCUUAUCUGCCAUGCUGAGCCAUGCUGUCACGCCACUGGAGUAUGACUGCUGCUUUAACCGUGUUUUUCUGUGUAUUCUCUGUUUUAUGUUUCACAAAACAUCUAAAAUGAUAUAGGAAAAACUACAACAAAUGCAUUCUUUUAUCACUGUUGUUGCCACAGUACUGUAAAAAAAAAUACGAAAAAAUAACAAUAAAAAAUAACAUUUAAAGAAGAAGUUAACCUGCCGGCCACCACCUGUACAGAAUUUUACUAUGUAACUAAUAGGAACCUGUCAAGGAAUAAAAUGUUGCCUUUUUCUUGUACAAAAGAUACAUUUAUGAGAAACCUCUGCAGUGAGGAAUGUGAUAUUGUGUUUAUAUUUCUGAAAUGGACCUGAUGAUUCAUGGGAAAUAUGUUAAUGUACUCUGAAUCAGGUAUGUAAAGACAUUCUAAAAAUGGAUGACUGUAUUUGGUCAAUCAGAAGCUGUUUGUUGGUUUGAAUAUCUCUUGAUGGUUAGCCUGCCUUUGUAUUAUAAAGCACUUGUAUGCAGUCUGUGUUCUUUAAGCAUUAUUUCUUGCAAUGUGCUCCAGACAUAAUGUUAUCUAUGUGUUGAUAAAAGCAGUACAUGCAUAUGGGCCAAUCUUUUUUAUAAAACACUAUGCAUAUAUAAAUACUACAUUGUUCAUAGCUUUAUUUGACCCAUGAAGCUAUACAUAACAUUAGUCUAAGUACAAGUAGAUGUGGACUUAUCCAGUAAAGCUUCUUUCCUUGAGAGGGAUCACAAUGUUUAUGUAGCUAUCAAAAGAAGUCUGUGAAUGCUAUUUUUAUUAUCAAAUAAAGUUUUCCAUACAAAUUCAAAAU